CCUCACAGUCCCCACCCUCCUGGGACUGAGCAGCCGGAAGCGGAGGCUGCUGGCUCCGGAGCUACAGGUGCGCAGGAGACCAAGCACAGGGGAGGGCCAGGGCAGCUGCGCCGACCCCAUGGCCGCUGGGCCCGUGGAGCAGCGGCUGGGCAGCCUCACCAUCUUCACCCGGGCCGACUUCGAGGACGACUGGCGACAAGUAGCCAGCGGUGGCUUCAGCCAGGUGUUCCAGGCGCGCCACAAGCGCUGGAGGACCCAGUAUGCUAUCAAGUGCUCCCUCUCCCCACAGCAAGACGCCACCAGCUCCGAUGUGAAUAGCCUCAUUGAAGAAGCAACUAAAAUGGAAAAGAUCAAGUUUCAGUACAUUGUGUCUAUCUAUGGGGUGUGCAUGCAGCCCUUGGGCAUUGUGAUGGAAUUCAUGGCCAAUGGCUCCCUGGAGAAGAUGUUACCCACCCACAACCUCAGCUGGCAACUCAAGUUCCGCAUCAUCCAUGAGACCAGCUUGGCCAUGAACUUUCUCCACAGCAUUAAGCCCCCUCUGCUCCACCUGGACCUCAAGCCAGGAAACAUCCUGCUGGACAACAAUAUGCAUGUCAAGAUUUCAGACUUUGGCCUGUCCAAGUGGAUGGAACAGUCAACUCGGAUGCAGUACAUUGAGAGGUCAGCGCUGCGGGGUACUCUCAGCUACAUUCCCCCUGAGGUGUUCCUGGAGAGUAACAAGGCCCCAGGGCCCAACUAUGAUGUGUACAGUUUCGGGAUUGUGAUCUGGGAGCUCCUCACUCAGAAGAAACCAUACACAGGACUCAACAUGAUGACCAUCAUCAUCCAAGUAGCAGCGGGCAUGCGGCCCUCCCUGCAGCCUGUCUCCGAGGAGUGGCCAGGCGAGGCCCAGCAGAUGGUGGACCUGAUGAGGCGUUGCUGGGAUCAGGACCCCAAGAAGAGGCCAUGCUUUCUAGACAUCACAGUUGAGACAGACAUGCUGCUCUCCUUGCUCCAGUGCCCUGUGGCAGACCCUGAAGUUGAGGCCCUGGCCAGGAAGGUGUCCUGUAAACCCUCUCUGCGUCACCAGCCCCAGCAAGUCAGUGAGGAAGCCGGCCAGGAGCUAAUGGACAGUGGUAAGCUCAGGGUGCUGCAGUGGGACAAGAGAACCCACAGGAAGGGUCCAACGACACUCUGUCCCCAUGCGCUCUCCUUCUCCCUGGGCCUGGCAUACAUCCAAGAUUCGGGAGACUAUAUGAAGCAGGUUUUGCAACUCUCUGACAGUGAGAGCUUGGUCCCCAGUGAUGAAGAGCUGCGCAUCUAUGAGAACAAGGUCACACCCCUCCACUUCCUGGUGGCCCAGGGCAGUGUGGAGCAAGUGAGGCUACUACUGGCCCAUGAGGUAGAUGUGGACUGCCAAACAGCCUCUGGCUACACGCCUCUCCUCAUUGCUGCUCAGGACCAGCAGCCUGACCUCUGUGCUCUGCUCCUGACACACGGUGCUGAUGCCAACCUGGUGGAUGAGGACGACUGGGCCCCGCUGCACUUUGCGGCCCAGAAUGGGGAUGACCGCACUGCCCGCCUGCUCCUGGACCAUGGAGCCCUUGUGGAUGCCCAGGAGCACGAGGGCUGGACCCCACUGCACUUGGCCACGCAGAACAACUUUGAGAAUGUAGCACGGCUUCUGAUCUCCCGUCAGGCUGACCCCAACCUGUGUGAAGCUGAGGGCAAGACUCCUCUCCACAUGGCUGCCUAUUUUGGCCAUGUCAGCUUGGUCAAGCUGCUGACCAGCCAGGGGGCUGAACUGGAUGCUCAGCAGAGAAACCUGAGGACACCACUACACCUGGCUGUGGAGAGGGGCAAAGUUCGGGCCAUCCAGUACCUGCUAAAGAGUGGGGCGGCCACUGAUGCUCUUGACCAGAGUGGCUAUAGUCCACUGCACAUUGCUGCUGCCCGAGGCAAGUACCUCAUCUGCAAGAUGCUGCUCAGAUAUGGGGCCAGCCUGGAGCUGCCAACUCAGCAGGGCUGGACAUCCCUGCAUCUAGCAACCUACAAGGGCCACGUGGAAAUCAUUCACCUGCUGGCUGAAAGCCACGCAGAUAUGGGUGCUCUUGGAAGUAUGAAGUGGACGCCCCUACAUCUGGCUGCCCGCCAUGGGGAAGAGAUGGUGUUGUCGGCACUGCUGCAGUGUGGGGCUCACCCCAACACUGCUGAGCAGUCGGGCUGGACACCCCUCCACCUGGCUGUCCAGAGGGGCGCCUUCUUGAGUGUUAUCAAACUCCUGGAGCAUGGCGCAGAUGUGCAUGCCUGUAACAAGGUGGGCUGGACACCUGCCCAUCUGGCUGCCCUUAAGGGGAACACAGCCAUCCUCAAAGUUCUGGUCAGGGAUGGUGCCCAGCUGGACAUCCAGGAUGAAGUGGGCUGCACUCCGCUGCAACUGGCCCUCCAGAGCCAAAAGCAGAGCAUUGUGGCCUUCCUGCAGGGCAAGGAGCCUUCCCUAGCCAUUCUUGGAAGUGUUGAGCCAGGAGCCCAGAUGGAAGUUUAGGCUCUACCCUGCUUGGAAAAGGACAGGGUGGUGGAAAUGAAACUUGACUUUUGGGAGGACCCCUUCUCUCCUGCUCUUUUGACCUUGAGAAGAAAUAAAAACCUGGUGUCCUGGGUGAUGGCGGGAAGGGGAGAUGUAUCACUGAGGCUGUAGCUUGGAAAUAGGUCCUUGGCUUGGACAGCUGCUUCCAGCUCCUCUCCAAGUCAUCUCCAAAGACCCCUGUCCUCUUCUUCCUACUUUACUUGGAUUCAAACUUCCCAGCUCUCUCCAGCUCCAAGAUUUCUGCCACCUUGUGACCCCUGUCUCUGAGUUCAUCGGAUCCUUACAUCCAAGAAAGCCCCUCUGAAGACAAAGGCAGGCCUAGGGAUGAAGGAAGUAAAUUUUUGCCAGCUUGUGUCUUGUGUUACUGGCCUUCUUCUCAGACUGAGGCAGGACAGCCAGACUCACCCACUUUGGCCAAGGGGCAGGAGCUCAAAGUUCAGAGGAGCUGCCUGCUGGCUACUUAAGGCCUCAGCCUGCCCAUCAUCACAGUGACCACAUUUUCCCAGUGGCCUUCCCUCAUCUCCUGCAUGGUCUCUGGGCAGUGAAGAAUGGAUGUUCCGCACCAUAAACGAGUGAUCUGAUGUGGGGCACCAGUUUCCUGGUCCCUGGAUCCACACUGCCCCUCUUUACGCCAAGAAGU